AUGUCAGCGACCUUCCCCGGACUUGUCCACGACGCAGAGAUACGUCACGACGGAUCAAACAGCUACCGGCUCAUGCAGCUCGGCUGCCUGGAGUCCGUGGCCAACUCCUCGGUCGCCUACUCCUCCUCCUCCCCGCUCACCUACCCGGCGCCGGCGGGGACGGAGUUCGCCUCGCCGUAUUUCUCGGCCAACCACCAGUACACGCCCCUCCACCACCAGUCCUUCCACUACGAGUUCCAGCACUCCCACCCGGCCGUGGCCCCGGAGGCCUACGGGCUGAACUCGCUGCACUCGGGCCAGUACUACCAGCAGAUCCACCACGGAGAGCCCGCCGACUUCAUCAACCUGCACAACGCGCGCUCGGCCCUCAAGUCCUCGUGCCUGGACGAGCAGCAGCGGCGCGAGCUCGGCUGCCUCGACGCUUACCGGCGCCAUGACCUGUCGCUGAUGACGUCACACGGCUCCCAGGCCUACGGCGUCGGUAUGCACCACCCGGACCAGAGGCUGCUGCCCCGCGCCGGCCCGCGCGUCAGAACGACUACAGGGGGGUGCGUGUCUCCGCAGGGCUCCGUGGAAGCGCAGUGUGGGCUCGUGCUGAACGGCCAAGGGGGCGUCAUCCGGAGAGGAGGGACAUGUGUGGUGAAUCCUACAGAUUUGUUCUGCUCGGUACCGGGCCGACUGUCGCUGCUCAGCUCCACCUCCAAGUACAAAGUCACCAUUGCCGAGGUGAAAAGAAGACUGUCCCCACCAGAGUGCCUCAACGCCUCCCUACUGGGCGGCAUACUGCGCAGAGCAAAGUCUAAGAACGGAGGCCGGUGUCUUCGUGAGAAAUUAGACCGUCUAGGCCUCAACCUGCCGGCAGGACGGAGGAAAGCUGCCAACGUCACACUGCUCACCUCCCUGGUGGAAGGUGAGGCGCUCCACCUGGCGAGGGACUUUGGCUACACCUGUGAGACAGAGUUUCCCAGCAAGGCAGUGGGAGAACAUUUGGCGAGGCAGCACAGUGAGCCUAAAGAAACCAGCGCACGCAAGAAAAUGGUUCUGGCUACAAAGCAAAUCUGUAAGGAGUUCCAGGACUUAUUGAGCCAAGACCGUUCUCCUCUGGGCUCCUCCAGACCAACCCCCAUCCUGGACCUGGACAUCCAGAGACACCUCACACACUUCAGCCUGAUCACUCACGGGUUCGGCACGCCAGCGGUCUGUGCGGCUCUCAGCACCUUCCAGACGGUCCUGAGUGAGAUGCUCAACUACCUGGACAAAAACUCGAGCGGGAAAACAAGCGGACCCACCGACCAACAGAUCAACAACAGCUCAGAAAAAACGCAGCUCCGGAAAACAGCCGAGCCCCAGAGCAAAGACGGGAAAACAGAAAAGACUGAGUAG